AUGCCUCUUUCAAAGCUAACCCAAGAUGUCCCCGAAAGCGCAUCUGCCAGCAGUCAAGCUCCCGCCCCGGGGGCCCUGUUUGGAUCCACCACCCAGAAUACGAAUACAUCGACAACCAAGCCCACCAGCCUAUUCGGCAACACGACAUCUGCCACCACCGCCUCGCAGCCUCAACAAACCUCAUCACUGUUCGGCGCCGCCACUAACACUGCUACAACCCAGCCCCAGCCGUCGACCAGCCUGUUCGGUUCCUCCGCCGCAACCUCACAACCGCAGCAAGCAUCCGGCGGUCUGUUCGGAGCUUCAACCGCACCCUCCCAGCCCCAACAGACAGGCAGCCUCUUUGGUGGCGCUUCGCAGAGUCAGCCUCAGCAGCCUGCCCAGGGUGGAAGUUUGUUUGGAGGACUUGCUCAGAACCGGAGCCAACCGCAAAACGCCGGUAGCCUGUUCGGCGCCAACAACAACACCACCAGUACCACCACCAGUCAAGCAGGUGCUGCUCCGUCUACGAGUUUGUUCGGCAGUCUUUCGAGUAAUGCCCAGCCGGCCAACAACAUGAAUGGGAGCGGCAUGUUUGGACAAUUCGCUCAACAGAAGCCAAGCCUCUUUGGGAGUCUCAACCAACAGCCCCAGAACCAAGGCAACCCCCUCGGCCAGUUGCAACAUCAUCCCGCCCUUGGAAUCGGCCUAACCAUGGGUCAGUCGACCACCCAGCAGACCGUGCCCGGCGUGCGCAUAGAUGUCAGUAACCUCAAGGGCACUACCCGCUUCAACGACCUUCAGGAAGACUUGCAGAAGACUGUCGAACAGGUCGAUCGCUACAUAGAGGAGCAACAACAACGAAAGAAAGGGGUCGACUCGUUCAUGUCCGGUCACAGUAACAUGCUCGAGAGCAUCCCCGACGACGUCAAAUUCGUGUCGAGGAAGUACGACGGCGCGAGGACCGCCUUGGAGUCGGCCGCCCAGGCCAUCGAGUCAGCACGCGUCUUGGUCAACCAAGAUGCUGACAGCGCCCGUCUUAGCUUCCGUGCUAUUGACAACCUGAAGCUGCCGCAGCAGUACCACACAUCCAGCUUCUGGUCGCCGAGACAGCAAGCCCCGGGCACCGCCAACACGGAGGCCGACGGCCAGGACCUGGUCGGCUUCUUCUCCAAGACGGCCGACGAGAUGGAUGAUCAGAUGAAGAAAUACCAGAAGAACCUGACCGACAUUGAGCAGCACAUGCAUGGCGUCUCGGAUGGCCUGGGGGAGCAGCUACAGAGGAUGAUGGCCACAAGGAAUGGCGGCGGCGCCGGCUCGGACGAAAAGAUACAGGAGCUCGUUGCUGUGCUGAGGGACUUCGAGCAGGGCAUACUUAAGGUCGCCGGAGACGUGGGAGGUGCGCGAGAGGGCAUGACCCGUCUGCAGCUGGGUGACUUUAUGGGUCAAGAUGGGGGCCACAAUGGCGUGUAUUGA